GAAAGAGCCAAUCAUCAGAGCUUCAGGUUCUUCCAGGUGCAGUUGAUGAAACAGAUAGCUGAGCUGACGUCUGCAGUCCUCUCCCCGACGUUGCGAGAAAAAAAAAAAAUAAAAAAAAAAUAAAGCUGUAACAUUAACACCCGAUCUUAUUUGGUUGCGAUGCAGGUAAACCACAAGUCUUGGGCAGCUUAAUUUACACCUUGUGGACGGACGAAAACUUUAGCUCAUGGCUGUGAUUUUAGUUGCCUUCAUGUCCUUGUGUUUCGGGUUAUGGAACAACUUUUUCACUGCAGGCCAGAUUUGUGUGGAUGAAAGCAGGUUUAAGGAGCAAGUGGUUUAUGUUGGACAACAAGGACUUCCAUAUCGACUACUGUGUCCUCUAGAGUCUGCUCAGCCCAAGAACACCUCUAAAAUUCAGCUGACCUGGCAGAAGGACUGUCUGCAGCUCCAAAAGCAGGAUGGAAAGACCUUCCUUGAAUUUACCAGUGUCAGAUUGGAAGAUCAAGGAAAUUACACUUGCAUGCAACAAGGCAACAGCACAACAUCAUUUACUGUGAGGCUCAUUAUUAAAGAGUCUCAGUGCUCAAAAGCUCCAGAAUUUAAACCAAAAGAAGGCUUGACCGAACUCAGGAGGAAUGUGGGAUCCACAGUGAAACUGAACUGUACUGCUCUUCUCCUCUGGGACCCAUCAGAGGAGCAAUGUGACACCACGCUGCGUUGGACUAAAGCUGGCCAGCCCCUGACCAACCACACACUCUACUUGCAUAACACAUCAUCAUGGUCUCCUGGUGCUGGCCAACUGAUAGUAAAUAGUUUGCUGGAGAUCACCAUCAGACUGCCAGAAGAUUUUGGUCUUUACAGCUGCACAGUGAGGAACAUUUCCUCUGGCUUCAACUUACAGAAUUCAAGAUAUCCCAGCCACACAGCUGCUGUUAUUGCAGCCAUCGUCCUCAUCGUCCUCUUGGGAGUAGUUGCUGUCGUGUACACUAGGUGUCACCUGAACAUCAAACUCUGGUACAGGAAUUCAUACGGAGAGUAUGAACUGAAUGAUGGGAAAUUAUAUGAUGCCUACAUCUCCUAUGUGAACAAUGACUAUGACAGGAAGUUUGUCAACUUUAUUCUCAAACCUCACCUUGAAAAUAAAAGCGGGUACAAGGUGCACCUUAAUGGCAAUGAUAUCCUACCUGGUGCAGAACCUUCUGCAGAGCUUCUAAUGAACAUGAGCCGUUCCCGUCGUCUCAUCGUGCUACUCUCUCAUGCUUAUCUUGAACAGGACUGGUGCUCCAACAACUUCAGACAGGGCCUUCUGCACUUGUUGGAGUUAUGUCAGCAACCCAUCCUCAUCAUGUUGGAGGGUCAGUACAGACGCAUGAGUCCUGAGAUCAAACAAGAGCUUAGUGAGCAUCAGCAUCGUCUCACCUUUCUCACCUGGAGGCAUAACUCUGUGACUCCUUCCUCAGUCUUCUGGAAGGAGCUAGCUUUAGUGAUGCCUCGCAGAGUCAUCUUUCACAGUGAGUCUGCAGGUGACCCUCAGACUAUGCUCCAGGAUGACAAAGACCCCAUGCUCACCGAUGAUCCGGACUAUCUGGACUGCCGCUCUGAUGCUGACCCUGCUGGAGAUCUUGGGCUUCGCCUGCCUGUGUGCAAGGCUCUGGCAUGCAAGGCUCCAGUCCUCCCUGCUGCACCGAUUUCUGCUGCAGAGCUAAAACCCUCCGACAUCGACGUGUCCGACCUGGGAUCGCGCAACUAUGGAGCCCGUUCAGAUUUCUACUGCCUGGUCACUGAAGAAGACAUUUGAUUGCCACCCGUCUAAAGUUAUAUCCACCACUCUCACCACUUUUUUUUUUUCCGUCAAUAUAUGCUGUUACUGAAAUUAAUAAACCAUUUUCUUUUUCCAGUAAUAGUAUCCAAUUAUCUGUAAUCUUAAAGAAAAGAAAGAACCUACAAUGUUGGUAGGCUGUGUGUG